CUAAUUCCAGGUUCCUCCAUUGGGUUUAUCAAAACUUCCGCCUCUUCUCGGACAGUUCCUGAAGGAUCGUCUGUGAGCCUCAGCUGUGAGCUUAGUAAUUCCUCGAUUCCUGUUAGAUUAUGGAUGAUGAUGUCUGGAGCAAUGUACACUCCAAGAAAAAACGUGGUCAACUAUGGACAAGUUUUUAUUCUUCAUCGCGUUACAAGGAAAAUGGCUGGGACCUAUCUUUGCAGGGUUACACGACCUCGAUUAAACAAGAAUUUAGGUUUCAUUUGGGUCACAGAACGCCAAAGAGGUAGUGCAAAUCGAUUCUAGCUUUGAGUUUACUGUCAUGAACUAUUCUAACUGCUUAACAAGCGGAAGAGAAUAAGCAAAAUUGGCUUGUUUGAUUUCCGUGGUAUUCACGUGAACCUCUAUUCAGCACGUGGGGGUGGGGGUGGUGCUCUCCUCAUAAAGGUUUUUUGAGGAAGCUCCGUCCUUGUCUUGUACCCUAAGCCGGAAAACGUUGCCAAGCGUAAAUCAACAGAUAGAUUCUUAGACUGCCGUUGAUUUGAACUGGUAUGUAUGAUUGCUAUUACAAUCUCUACACUCCUUGUGUUGCGGGAAAGCUCCGCCCCUCGUGCCCCAAGAAAACGUUGCCAACCGUAACUUAACAGUGGCUUUGAUUGCCCUUGGAGUGAACUGGUAUGCAUGACCAUGCAAUACUGCAAUCUCUACACUUCUUUUUGAUCGAAUCAAUUCCUUUUAGGAGCCCCAAUUCUAAAGGUAGAUCAAAGACUGAAAACGAUAUUUGUCAAUGGAGAUGCGAACCUAACUUGCACAGCCUCCGGACCAAGUAUCCAAUCAGUGCAAUGGUACAAAUGGGCGCAAAAACUCUCCAUGCUCCAGCAAGUGGUCACGAAAAAGGAAUUCAACAAUGGAGAUGUAUGGAACAACACUCUUGUGCUUAGGAAUGUGCAGAUGAACCAGGCGGGGUGGUAUGAAUGCCGCAUAUAUCAACGCUCGGGGGAUGAAUACUUUUACUCCAUCCAUGAACAUUUAAACGUGCUAGGUAAGAGAUCAGAAGUGAGAAGUUAGAUCUUACAGAAUCAAAAGAAUAGUCUAAGCACGUUACAUUUUCAAACAAUUUUUCGAUUGCCUGAUUUCCCUUGAAUCCACAGCGCAAUCCAUAAAGAGGGCUGGUCUUCUCGAUAGGUCAUCAAUUUCGUAGUUCUUCGCACUAUCUUUGUUUCACACAACCUAACCUCAUCUACUAUUGCUAGAAAAUCUUAAGGCCUAAAAAUAAAAAUUUAACCUGGUGACUUAACGCAAGCACUAUCUUAGCUCUGAAGGACAGCCUUUGACCAUUUAUCUUACAUAUUACCAAAUGCGUCUUUCACGUUCUCAUGCGAGGGAGUUGUUUCUAUUUAAAACGUUUUCCAGAGUAAUAUCUUUAAAGCAAGAUGGAAUGAACAUUUUAUAAAAGCUAUUUGUUACUUAUUUUCUGUCAAUUUUUCCCAGGGAAGAAUAAAUGCCCAGAACCUGACGGUGUCUUUGCAGUUCCGAAAAGAGAAACGGCAUAUCUCAAUUGCUCUAAUAAUGUUGCUACGUUGAUGAACUGCCCCAGGGGAGAGGAGUGGACAGAUGACAAGAAAUCUUGCGGUACAGGAUAACUUUUAAGUCAGAGUUAUUUUUAUCAUUCUCUGACUGUUAAGUACUUAUCUCUCUGAACGUUUAAAGACUUGUCAGACUACAUUUCGUUUGUUACCAGUUUGGAGAAUAUCCUGCCUUGAACAAAUUCAAUUUCUUAACCAGAUCUCCGAUAGCCAGGCGGAAAAGUAAUCGAGUUAUUCAGUUUAAAUUAGAAAGAGAAACAGAUCUGGCUGUAAGGUUUUAACAAGACAACACAUCAUCAGAUGGUAACACGGUCAUGCGUCUGUUAAUUCUCUGAGAAAUGUGUGGAUAAAUAUUCUCUAUUUUUCGGAAUACAUUUCCUUUUUCUAAGAAGCCCCGAAGAAUAAUCAGUUGAGUGCUAAUAUUGCACUCACUUCAGUCUUGAAACAGAUAAAUUAAAGAGGAACACGUUUGCCUCCCUAGCUUCGGAGCGGACACCUCUGUGAUGUUUGGCACCGGUUUGGUCGUGUCCACUGUUUCCUUUUCAGGAAAAGUUGGCUAUAUACCUUUAGGUUUCUAAGGCACAUGAAAGAUAUAUUUUUAUGUGGUUGAACUGAUACCGUUGCUUUGGGGUCAGUCCUGGCUGGGACCUUAGGUAUCUCCGUUUGCCCCUGAAGGCUUAAUGGAUUUAUUUUAUUUUAUUGUCUUUCAAUUUUCUAUUUUCAGUGAAAGUAAUACGAUGGAAAUCAAAUGACAGAUUGAAGGAGGUGACCAAAGCAGUAGGAGAAUCUGUUACAAUUGAUUGUCAGUUGAACGAUCCUGGAGUAAGAGUCAAGUUGAAACAGAAAAUUCGUUCAGGAGUGUUCCGUGUACGACACACUGACGACUGCAGGGUCAGCAGGGUGGGGCAGAAAUUUGUUAUCCACUCGGUCAAUUUUAAUGACUUUGGAAUCUACGUUUGCGAGGCGCCUCAUGUUAUGACUAAAAAAGAAGAAGCUUACUUGAAAAUUAAUCCAGGUGAGUAAAUAUUUUAUGUAAUUAUAAAGAGCUUUUUGCCUGGUCUGCCGUAAGGAAGGGGGUUCAAUUUUUUUAUGACGUUCUACCCUCAAGGUCCAUGAAUUAAAUUACAUUUCAAGUCGACAACUACUUUUUUGGGGAAAACUUCAGCCACAAAUCUCGUCCUUAAUUUCUUCCAGAUCCAAUGUCUUCUCUUUACCAAGGACACAGGAACUUGUUUGCGACAUUUGGUAGCUCUUUGGACUUGAACUGCGGAGCCUACAAGGUGUAUCAACCUCGGAUAUAUUUGGAGAUAAUUCGCACAGAGGGUGUUACUUUGCUUACUCCUGAUGGCCACAAAGUCACUUUGACGGGAAGGAUCCUCACCAUCCAUGGACUGAACUCUAGUAUGCACGGAAAGAUUGUCUGCAAAGUUGUGUCGACAUGUGCACGGAUACAGGAGGAGGUUGAUCUCGGCCAACUUUUACCCGUUCCACAGAAAGGUGCGACAUUAUUGAGCCCUUCACUCUCAAAGGUGGUCAAACUCAAAAUUCGGCAACAUUUCCAAAUUAGAUUUUGAAGAGGGUUAAAAACAAAGAUCACCAUAUGAAGGUACUAACAAAGAGGUUUCAUUUGAAUUUUCACACCAUAGGGUUUCAUCCACAGACUCAAAAGUUAGAACUAUAAAUACAAAACAAAUACUGAGUACCACCUAAAAUUACUACCAAAUACGUUUCAAUUGGACGUUCACACAGACGGAUGCCAUUCACAGAGUCAAAAGGCAAAAGAAACUACAUUUACAAACAAAUAGCACCAUGUCAAAGUUCUUCCAAUAAGGUUUCAGGUUUUUAGUCCCACUGAUUACUCUACCAGUGAAACGGUAUGCACCAAUUGAAUAGCUUUGAACUCAUUUCAAUGGUCCAGAUACAUAUAGCACCCACUUGCAAAGGACAUUGCUUAUUAUGGCAAAAAGAUCAUACACUGAGGCUUGACAAGAGUCAUGGAUGGCUGCUUUAUCUUUGUUCAAUUAGACAGGCCUUAAACUUUCUGAUUUACCACUUUUUCUCUUCAUGCCGCAGGAGAACCGCCUAAACCAGUUGUGUCGCCUGAACAAUCAGUCGUUAAAGAAGGGAACAAUAUAAACGUCACAUGUUCAGUUUCUAAGGGGAAAAAGAUAAAUAGCAUCACUUGGUACAAAGACAAAAAACUUGUCCCAGAUGAGUUGGUGGUUACGUCUUCUUUCAAAAGCAUUCUUAUCUUGACAAACGUCGCGCACUCCGAUGCAGGGAUUUACGAGUGCAGAGUGGUGGAUUUUGGCGCCGGAUAUUGGUUCUCACCAGCUACAAUUAAGGUUGAAGGUAUGACUUCAGUUUUGACAAAACGUAAUAUUGCGUGUGAGACCGCUGUCUUACGUAGACUAGGUAGAGCGUUAAGUGGAUUCUAAUGCGUAUAGUUUUCAGGGGCUGGUCCUUCACUAUGUCGAACCGCUUUGCAACUGAAGACCUUAGAAUAGUCUUUCUUUAGUUUGAGAUGCCCAUCUGAUAGGCUAUUUUUAAACUUUGAGCGUCAAAUGUUGAUUGUAAUUAUUUUCCCUAUUUUAUUUAGGUGUGGACACUCCAACCACUCCAACCACAACGCCGACACGACUACCAGUCGUUCCUGUAUCAGUUGCAGCCAAGCCAUUCCAGCCUGCUGACAUAAACUGCACCAUGUUCAUAGUUGACCAAAAAGUGACUUUAUGGCAAGAAACGUCGUCUGGAAAACUCGUCCAAAGAAUCCCUGAUGGAGACUCACUCAUCCUCAAAGGCCUCGUGUUCACGCUCAUGAACGUUAUAGACGAGGAUGAAGGGACAUACUAUUGCCAAGCUGGAAGCUAUCAGAAAGUACCUGCAGUUAGGCUAUCGUUAAUAGGUAAUAUAGUAUAAUGACAAAAAAGCGAAGAUCUCCUUUGUCCUUUACAGAUAGAUUUUCAGUUGUGUGUUGUAAGUGGCGGACCCUCCCCUGCCUUAACAAAUUUCAUCGAUCUGCCCCAGUUGCUUUGAUUGUGCAUCGCUUUGACUGGCUAAAAAGUCUAUAACCAUUUUCUCAAUCAAUCGGUUGAACCAGCCUCGUCCCCAGUCCUCAGGGUUCAAACGUUGGUGUUCCACCGGAUACUCCUUUGUCCGCGCGAACUUUUCCGCUGGGUGAUUUAUCCGGUGGAUAGCGGUGACGUUUGAAAACUCACGGUCUCCAUGUGUUCUCUCUUGCUCCUUGUCCAUGAAUGGGACGUCUCUCUCGGUGAGAAAACUCCGGUAGUGGUGAACUUGACGGAGCCGAGAACGCCUAGGGUGAACUUGUAUUAAAGUAUGUAACAAAAUCACUUUCUUGUAUUUUGCAUCCCUAUUGUAGACACGAAACCUCCUUUUAUAACCAAUUUUGUCUCAAGACUAUCUGUCAACGUUUCACAAACCACGAGGCUAAUUUGUGAGACAGAAGGUCACCCUUCACAAGCGGACAUUCACUGGCUAAAAGACGGUGUUGAGGUGGGACGCUGUACGGGAGAAAUGCGGCAGCAAAACAAAACAUGUCACAUCCAUGGCGACCAGCCAAAGUACAAGAUUACUUGGACAGGAUCUGGGGCCGAGUUGAUGGUCCAGAAUGCUUUUCACCCUCUUGAUAGUGGAGAGUUUACUUGUAUUGCGAGUAACGCCGCCGGAGAAGAUAAGAAAACUCUUAUUCUUGAUGUUCACGGUGAGUUGAUCAACGUAUUCUACGUAACAGACACACUAUUAGUAAGAAAUGUGUCAGUUAGAUCCGUCGUUGCAAUUCUCAAAAUUUGGAUUCAUGGUUUUCCGCCCUUCCCCACUUUUCUUUCUAAAAUCCUGCUUGGUCGGAAUUUAGUUACCUCUCUUGGAGAACUCUGUACCAGUGCUAGAAGCUCAAACAGUUCAUAUUUUUUUAAAAAACUGAUUCUCGAGCUCUUACUGGGUUCUACAGACAAAACCGGAAUGUGCAUUGCUAGUUAACUGCCAUCAUUUUGUCUUACUAUGACCUUUGUUCCUUUGUGCAGAAAAACCAGUUUUAAGCAAGAAAAACGACACAGGAAUACGCGUACUUGCCUUUGAAGCUGCCAGUACGAUCCAGUCCACCGCGCUGCGCGGUCAUCCGAUACCAUACUUCGAGUGGUAUCGACAGCCAAUCGGAUUCUGUACCUCAAACUGCAAGCCCGACGAGAAAAAAUGGCGUCGAGUUCCUCGGAGUGUUAUAAACCCAUCUGCGCAAGUCCCAUCGAGAGUAAGCAGUUUGUUCUUGGCACCUUCUAAAUCUGGUUAUUAUUUCCGAUGUGUUGCCGAGAAUGCUCUCGGAAGGGACGAUGUUGUAUAUCACGUGCAUAGAAUGGGUAAGAAGUGACACUAUUAAUCUAAUCGUUAAAAAGCCGCGCUUUUGUUGGUGAACUCAUUACAUUUUUGUUCGCAUUUUCAUUCCGUAGAUAUCCAAACAGUCUUACCAGAAAUCGUUUCCACCUCUCCAGUGGUUCGCGUGGACGAGAAAAAUUCGUUUCGGCUUCUUUGCCAAGCAAGUGCUGGAGAUUUCCAAUAUCUCACAUGGCAGAAAAAAGGUGGUGGCAGAAUGCUUACUUCUGAACUGAAAACAAACGACUACAAUUUAACAACUACGUUAUCUACUGAGCAUGCUCAGUUGAAGGACGCCGGCGACUACCUCUGUGUUGGUUGGACAAACAAUGACACAAAGAUUUCAAUGAUAACCGUUUUCGUCAAGGGUAUGAUAAUAUUAAAUUUCCUAUUUUUCGUUUCCUCUUAAACAAAAUGAUUUUAAAAAAAGAUGCUGUUGUGCCUCUCUACCAUUUUUAUUUUUAAUAGUUUUCUUUUUACUUUGACAUCUUUCGGGUAUUUUGGACACCUCGUGUGUCAGACAUUUUGGGCCAGUUAUUUAAACGGAGUUUAACCAGUGUUUAACAAAACUGCGUUCUAAGUCAUUUUCAGCUUGCCCAACGCUUUUUUCUAAGCAUCAUUUGUGGUGAACAAUUUCAUUAAAGCAUAUAGUCUAGACUAGAAAAGCAUUAUCUUCUUAAAUUGACCCACUAAAGAAGAGAUCUGAAGGUCCAAAGAGGGAAAAAUUUAGUAUGCGAAGAAGCAAUAGCUAUUAGCAUUUAGACUCCCAAUUCUCAAUAAUGAAAUGAAAUGACACUUUCCAGUCGGAUAAUCAAAGAAUAUCUAUGCUUUCCAGUCGAGUCGGACGCUGUAUAUAGUUUUUUGUAAACAUUUUGAUUUCUGCUUGGUUAAACAAAUAUCAUUUUUCAUUACAUCCUAGAUUCCCUUGUGUGUUUUUUCUCUGUUUCUUUCUUUUUAGAGCUUGCUGUUCCUGUUGUUUCACUCUCAAACAAAACCAUUUUCGAAGCACAAACAAACAAAACAGUGUUACAUUGUACAAUUGCAUCCGGGUACCCAGCUCCAAAUAUCACGUGGUACAAAGACGGCGAGCAGUUGAAACUGUUGGCCCUUGGUUCAAAAGAUGACUGCAGAAUAAAUGGCUUUCAUUACAUGGAAAAGUAUCGACCUCCUAAAGCGGAAUAUCUAGUGAUAUGCAGACCAAGUCACGUCCAAAAUACGGGGCUCUACAAGUGUGAAGCUAUGAAUGUAGUGGGGAACGGUUCUAAUGAAGGCUAUUUAAAUGUCUUAGGUUUGUAUAGAAAACUAUUACAGCAUUUUUGAAUAAUAAGUACGUUUUAGUUCCCCUGAACACGCACACGUAACGUUUCCAAAUGGUAGCUCUUCUUCUCCUUAACCUGUUAAAUCUGUAAGACCUUUUUUGACAGCGAAAAUAAAUUUUGUUUUCAAAAAGGGAAGGAGAAAAUAACGUUCACCAAAACCCGUUCACGUUAAAUAACAAUUAAUCAGGUUGGGAAUGCCCUGAUCCUUUUUUUCCCCAAACUUCUUGCAGUCCAAAGUACCCGGUUGAAUUGAGCUCAAAAAAUAGCAUUUAUACCAAAUUUGCAAGAAAAGGCUAGCUAUAUCCUUCCUUCUUACUUUGUCUUUGACAUUUAUUUGCAUGAUAUACGUUUUUAACUCUUUUGCUUUCCAUUUCUUACAUCUCAGCUCAGCCGAAAAUCAUAAAUGUGGACGAUACUCUGCGCAAGGAUCCGGGUGAACAAGUGAAUAUAACCUGCAGGGCCACGGGUAACCCCGCUCCCGCUGUAAAAUGGGUUAUGAAAACCGGCGAGGGUCGCCACAAACCUAUCACACAAUGGAGCCAUGAGAACCACACCCUUCGGAUAGACUCUGUACAGGAACACCACUAUGGAGAAUACGUGUGCUUUGCGGAAAAUGAAUUUGGUAAUGACACGGUGGUCCUUGCCGUGGGUAAGUCUAAUGUCCCCGUUGGUUAUAAGCCUAAUAUCCAAAUAAGUAAGUCUAAUAUCCCCGCGGGUACGUCUAUUGUCCCCGUGGCUAAGUUUAAUAUCCCUGCGGGUACGUCUAAUGUCCCCGUGUGUAAGUCUAAGCUUCCACUCCAAUUUUGAUAUGACACCUUCAGUAUGGUUUUAUACUGGUUGCUUUGUUCGAAGAAAUUCCAUUGAUAUAAUCUCCGAGUUUGCCUGAAGAUGAACCUGUGCAUAAAAUGGUAUCUUACUACGUGGGUCAAUACAUCGAUACGUUGUUUCUUCUAUAAAAUGUUUUAUGAUUAGGGUGCGGUCGUUCUCAUGAAUUUAGCCAUGUGCAUUGUUACUGGAUAAAUCGUGCAAAAUAAAAAGUAGGGCGUGUACUCUUUACAAAGGGUAAGAAUAAGCACAGUCAGUUAAUGCCCGGCCUCCUGUGCGGGAUGUUACGAAUUCGAUUCCUCGGUGUGACGUCAAAUCCUUGUAUCAAGUCCUUUCCUUUCCGUGCAGCUUAAAUGAGCUUUAAAUACCCGUAAAACGGAGCACUGUUGGAGGAAGGGGGUAAAAUGAACACACCUUCUCAAACUCAUUAAUAAUUCAUAAAGAAAAUACAAAGAAAAUUAAUGUUUAAUGAGUGUUUGGAAAUCGGAUGAAAAACUGCUCAGUAUUUGCAUCCUUAAUUUCUCCUUCAAAAAUGAUUUUGUUUGAGAAGAAAUAUCAAACAUUCGACACAGUGUUUCAUCACCAGAUGAAACACCUCGAAGUUCGUCAAAAAUACUCCGCUGCGCGUCGUAUUUUCAACUCUCUUCUCGGUGUUUCAUCUGGUGAUGAAACACUGCGUCUCAUGUUUGAUAUAUUACGUCAACCUCUGGUUUGUCAGUUUAAGUACUGUUACAAAGUCACUGACGUAAAACAAGGAGCUUUACCUUUACCUUACCUGUACAUCCGCCGAAAUAACAAUCGUUCUAGUAAAUCAGACAAAUGCCAAAUAGCGCCCACACGGUAUUAACCCUUGAAGUCCCAAUGGUGUCCAACAUCAAUUUUCUUUUAACCAUAUCCAUUGAUUGUCAAGAGAUUUGGUUAUGAGAAUUAAUAAAUUGAUCACCUAAGAGAAAAUGCUUUGAUCUUUCAUCAAAUUCUCUCAACUUAUUCUUUAAGAAAAUGUAUAAAGAUCAGUUUGGAGAAUUUGUAUGUGGAUAUUGCGGCUUAAAGGGUUAAUGUAAGGUGUACGUUCGCUUUAAUUUUAUUACAGUUCGGAAAACACCCAUAGCAGCAGUGAGGGAUCCGCUGCCAUCAUUGUCCAAAGCUCACUUGAUAGUCGCCAUAUUAGUCAGUGUAGUUCUGUUCAUUUUGCUGUUGAUCAUCGCGGCCGUUUUAUAUCGCCGGCGCCAGAUGUAUGGUGGUUUCUAUAUAUGUACCACUCCACCUCUGCCAGACUUGAUAGCGAGUAUGGAUGCUUCUAUUCCACUGAUUGAACAAGUGAACAAGUUGCCUUAUGACAAGCGAUGGGAGUUUCCACGAGACCAGCUACAGUUUGGUAAGUACUAACUAUGGAAAUUGUUGUUGUUGUCUUAAAUCCUGUGGAGAUGCAUGUUUGUUUGUAAGGGAUAGGAUUUCUGCGAUACUGUAUUUUGGUGGUGUUGUUGUUGUUGUUGUUGUUGUUGUUGUUGUUGUGUUUGAGUUCCAAAAAUUUGAUGUGACUAAAUAACAUCUAGACAUUUUUUAUAUGAAAAAUAAAUUGUCAAGGGGUUUAACCUGAGAACUCGAACUCUUGAGACUAACAUUCAUCAGCGAUGCGACCAAUAGCUACGUUGUAGCUUUAGUUGUAAGCGACGUAGUACUGGCAUUUGCAACAGCGUAAAAUUAAAAUUGAGCUUGUUGCAAGUGCCAGGAUCGGAAAUAGCCAUUCUACGUUUUUUGGUGCUUGCACCUUCGCUGGAGUCGUCGCCCUUCGUAACGGAAAAUCCUUCAUACCUUCAAUUAGGCUUAAGUUGCUUAUGGAACCACACUUGAUAUUUUUCACUGUUACGGCUUAUGCUUAUAUCCUUUACUUGACUAUGUAUUUCUGCGCAUGUUCUUGCUGUGUUCCUCGUCUAGGUAGCGUGUUGGGCUCGGGAGCUUUUGGUGAAGUCUAUCUGGCUGAGGCAGAUGGUAGCAUUAUUUCUGAUAACUCAUCAUCAGUGUCUACAAGACAUCGUUUAUCUUAUCAAAAGGACGCGCGGAGGAGGUCUUCCACCGUCUCUUCUAAGGGACCCAUCAAAGUAGCUGUGAAGACAUUGAAAGGUACUAAAAUAAUCAAAGUCGAUCCUUACAUGCUUGUUUAUUUCAUAAAAGCCACGCAGUACUUUUCUCUGUUAGUGUUCAUUAUGCUGUGCAAACCAAGACGUGCAUGAUCAUUUAAACGUACGCUUCUCAAAAGUACUUUCCUGAGAGAUACAGGUAAUUACACUGACAUCGUAGUUCUACCUUUUCUGGGACCAGACAAACCACCGUUUGGCAACAUUUUUCCAUGAAUUUUUUUUCUCUUGCGACGAAAUAUUAAGCAUUCUCUCUGUUCCGAACUUGGCUCUGCUAUUUUUUCUUAAACAGAAGGAGCUGAUGACUCAGAAUUCAAGGAUUUACAGUCAGAACUCAAAAUGUUAAUACACAUUGGAUCACACAAGAAUAUCGUCAAUCUGCUAGGAGCAUGCACAAAAGGUACAAAUCAAGAAAUCUAUGAUGUUGGUCCUCUCCCGAAAUUUUCGCAGUUCUCGUUUCCAGAGGCAGGUCGGAAAGCUUACCGGGCAUAAAACCCGGCUAAUUCAGUAUCCUGGGAUAGGUUGUGAAUGCUUAUUACACGCCUAUCUCUCGAGAAAUAUAUACGGACAAGUCAGAACAACACCCGGCUUUCGUAGAGCUCCGGCCUGUCUGAGCGAGAAAAUAGUGUAAGAUCAUGUUGGUUAUAAUGAAGGUCUUGUCGUAGUUCUCAUGACAGCUUCAACGGACGGUGAAGUUUUAACAGAUCAAUUUAGGUCAGUUCUGGGAAACUGACCACCUACCCCUCCCUAAGCCAACAUUUUGCCUUAAGUGAAAAGUAAGUGAUAAUGUUGGCGUAGGGGAGGGGUAGAUGGGUAGGAAUUGAUCCUUGUUAACUUUGCCUGUUUCAUGUGUACAUGACGGCAAUUUAAAGAGCAUACACCAUUGUUUCAAAAAGGUGAGCGACAUAGCCACUAAGUGGGUUUCCCAUGUAUGUGAUUUGUACCGCAACUGGUUUGGGUGGAUGGAACGAUAUCAAGUAUGGGUAGAAAAGUUGGCUGCCGUUCGAUGUGUUCGAUCGCUCCUAUCUGUAUCUAAAUCCUCCCCAGUUCAAACAACGACUAGAGGGGACAAAAUAAGUGGGUAAGUGGGAUUGUUAAUUCAAUAUCCCAAUUGUGUUCUCAUCUGACUCAUAGGCCGCCAUUGUGAUUUGUGUGUAAUCAUUGAAUAUUGUCCAUAUGGAAACAUGCUGCAGUUCCUUAGAAAGAGAAGAGGUUGGUACGAGCCAACAUGGUUGACUCCCUCUGAGGACCCAGAUAAACAAUUUUCAGUGACCGAUCUGGUGAGCGCAGCUUUUCAAGUUGCAAGAGCCAUGGAAUUCCUCGUAUCUAGAAAGGUAAGAUUAAAGUAGGAAGAAGAAGUCUUUACUCAGGCCCCCCUCCCCCCUUUAUUUUUAGACCAAACUGAGGCCCCCUUUCCCCCCUCCCCCUUAUCUCAAGGUCUGGAUACGGUACUGUUACUACCUGUUAAGAGACGCUGACACAUGAGAUACUCUACUUCUCUACCAAGACAACGCAACUUUAUCCUCAGGGCUUCUUGGUCGCUGUCUAUUUUUCUGGCAAUUACCCCUAUCUAUUGACUUCAUUUUUCUGACAUCGAAAAAGCCUUCCAAAUUUAGUUAGCAAUAGCAUGUUAUGAAGAAUAAGCCGUGGGAUUUAAAUUUUAGGGAGCUUAGCAACAACGACGGCGACUGCUACGAAAAGUAAAUUCGUGCUACUUCAAACUUUAUCGCGCUUAUUCCAACUUGUUCAAUUCGUCAAAUGUUGGCAAAUUUUUCUGGAGUUGAAUUCUAAAAGAAUAUGUCAAAGUUCAGAAAGAGAAAAAGAAAGUCGUUGCCGGCCUUGUGUUCACGUCCUCGACAAAACGUGAAAUUAGGCACUUUUUGCUGUUUUCGUUGCCGUCAUCGUUGCUUUAGCUCCCUAUCAGAGCGGAGAGAUAGUUGAAAUGAAUUAAUGAUAUCAUAGCUUUUAAAGAUAAAAUUUGUAUAAACUAGUGGUAAAGGAUCUGGUGUUCAUCGCAAUUUCAUUACAUCAUUCAAAGGUCAAGAACGUAUAAGAAACUUUACAAAAACCCCUUUCCUUUUAAGAACUGGAUGACGAAACCAAAUGGUAAGCUCUGAAUGGAAUGGAUGUUUUAAACAAUGUUAAACUGAAAUUAAAUCGUCUUUUCUUUUUACUAGUGUGUUCACAGAGAUCUUGCAGCCAGAAAUGUAUUGGUCGGAGCAAACUAUGUGGUAAAAGUAGCAGACUUCGGAUUAGCCAGAGAUGUUUACAAAAGCGAUCAGUACAUCAAAGUUUCUGCGGUAAGUAGCCUUGGAACGAUUUGAGUUUGAAUUUAGUAAAAAAGCAAUACAUUGAUGCGGCUAGUGGCUGCUAAAUCCGUUUCUUAUGUUCCUUUAACCUUGUUUGCAGGGCCUUGUCCCAGUAAAAUGGAUGGCGAUUGAAUCUCUUGCAGACAGAGUGUAUUCUGAACAGAGUGAUGUGUAAGUCCGCUUAUAUAUAUAUUUCGCUCUAAGUUACGAGUCACUUGAAGAGCUUCAACAGUGGGUGAAACUAAGAGUAUUUAGAACUUAAGGAAGAAAACAAUAGCUAUACAUCAGUUAUCUGUUAACACCGUAUGAUGAAUGUAGAUUUUGAUCAUUUUCAUUUAUAUGUUUAGGCACGAUUUCAGGACAUAUAGCCAGACGAAAAUACUUAAGAGGCAACACGGGGGAAAAAAUUAACUGGAGCCCUACAUUUUUUUCAUAACGCCCCCACAAGGAAAGGUGUCUCUACACGUGCAGCCUCGUUCCCAUGGUCUUCUCUCUUCUUCACCCGUGGGAACGAGGUUGAUAUACCGGCCACGUGUUCUUGGCUCGGUUUUUUCCGGCGGCGAGGGGGAGGGGGCGGGGGAAAGGCUUUCUCAUUUCUCAAAAGGUCAGCUGGUUACCAUCCUUGAAGACCUUAUAACAUAUAUAUAUACUUUGUCGUCUUACCCCAGAUGGUCCUUUGGUGUGUUUCUGUGGGAGUUGUUUACCCUUGGUAAGUUAGCUUCUUCUUCUUCAUCUUUUUUUGUUGUUGUAUCGUUGACCUCAAUGAUGCUCGAUCAAUUUUUGAAAUCAUGAUAAUUUUUGUUGGUCCUAUUGCGUAUGAAAUCAAAAUCAUUCUCGAUAUCGUCAACCCAAUGAAACGUUGAACGCCGACGAAAAGAGUGCGUUCUUCAUCAGUCAGCUUUGAAAAAAGACAAGACGCGUUUUUGUAACUAAAAGAUCUGAGAGCUGAGAUCUGCUUUCAGCAAAAUUAACCAAUAGCUGAAGAUUUGGCUGAGUGUUUUCGUGAAAGACCCCUCUUCAGACUUUUUCAUUGAUAUUGUUGUUUUGAUUUUAAGGUGGCAGUCCCUACCCAGGCCUACCCCCCACGGAAAUAUAUAACUUCAUCGUGGCAGGAAAUCGAAUGGAUCAACCAGUGGAUUGUCCUGAAGUCAUGUAAGUAAUGAAAAUCCUAAGGAUUUAUAACGGGGUAGCUAAUCGAACGAAACCGAACCAAAAAUCAAUCGAACCGAAUCGGUCGGAUUGUUGUUCGAUUGGUUCGGUAAUCGAACAUAAUCAAACUGGAACUUUUCGGUGAGUUCGAUUACCGAACUCAAUCGAACUCAGUCGACUUGAUUUUGCUCGGCAGAAAGAAGAAACGCUUCCACUUUCAACUGAAUCGGAAAGAUCUCCCUUUAAUAUGUAUGUGAAGCAAUUAACUAAAAUCUUUAUUGUUAAAGCGAUUCAAAAUCGAUAAAUUCACUACUUUAUUACAUCCACUUUGAAAUCACUGUCUAUCCGUGCAAUCUGAUUGGCUCUCAGCAGUGUGAUUUAUUCCUAAAUCGCAACAUUUUUUGCUCUAAAUCGCAUCUGUUCCAAAUCGCGUCAUUCAUGUUCUAAAUCGCAUCAUUUCUGUUUUAAAUCGCACCAUUUUUGUUCUACAUCGCAUUAUUUCUGUUUCAAAUACAAAAUAAGAUGUAAAAGCCUUUUUGUUUCAGCUUUUUUAACAAACCGGCUACUCGAUCAAUAAAAUAUUAGUACUGACUAAACUCUGCGAUUUCAAAAUGGAUGUAAUAAAGUGGUAAUUGAACUUCAUGUCGUACAAUUUUGGUCUGAAAUCAUACUUGUGAUUUCAAAUCGAACUGACCAAAUUGCACUCCACUCAGUUCAAUUACCAUUAUUCAUCACCUUGAUAAAAUAUAUCUACAUAAUAACAGGCAGCGCUUAACUACGGUAACGGGCAUAAGACUUACACUUCAACACCAAAGCACAGGCAACAGUUCACGCUGCAGAUGUCCAAGUUGGCCGUGCUCAUCGUCAGUUUCCUUUCUCUCUUUUUCUUCUUAAUAAUAAACUUUUCACCGACACCGACGGGGAAAGAGGGCACUCGUGGUAGCCUUUCACCAUCGCUUCCAGAAUUGUUAAUUUCACGUUUUCCGCCCUCUGUGACAUCUUCUUUGCAUACUCGUGUUUGAAAUAAGGAAUUUAUGAGUAAUAAUUGAUGGCCUAUGACGAUGUGUAGAGCAGAUGUCACAGGAGAACAGUCAAAUGUCCUUUGCGGUUUUAAAUAUAGGUUUCUACCAUUUUCCCGCUUGGGUCCACUAGUGUUUGAUAUUUUGAAUAUAGAUCACUGAAUUCCUCUCUAAAGGUAAUGGUUCUAUGAUACUCAUGUAUGCUAUUUUCUAACUCUGAGAGAUCCUCUUUGAAUCUUUGACAAAUAACUCCAACUGUUGGCCAAUCUAUUAAUUUUAAUUCGUUUACAUCUCUAUAUACUGUCCUAAACACUUCUAUUUUUUUUUGUUUCUCUUCAUUUAUCUCUUCCCUUUUCACUUUACUGUAAAUAUACCCACGUACCUCAUGCAGGACUCUUAAGACUACUGAUACGUCAUUAACUGGGCACUCGUCAGAAAAUAAAUUUCUCCACUUCCGUCGCAAUUCACGAACAAAAUCUUUCAAAUUUUCCAACACCACAAUUCUCUUUUGUAGUUGAAUGAGGACAUCUAGUUCUUGUAGUAGUUCUCUUUUUGUUUCUUCUUUGAGUUCACAAGUUAAAGGGCCAUUCACGUCUAGUGUAAACGCUACACAUUCCGGACAUUUAUCAUUUGUUUUUUUGACUUUUUUGCCUGGGUCCGCACCCGGAGCCUUAUAUACCCAAGUAAAUACCAAGAACUCGACGUAUGGUAUUGCGUUUGUCAUAUCUGUAUCCGUUACACUAUUUUCCGAUGGGCUCUGACUGCCAAAAUGUUCAAGGCAUUUUAAGAUAAUCUUACGCUGGCGUCCUUUAAAAAACGGCAAAGUAAUCUUCCCCAGAUCAGUGACCAGUUCUCCCACCUCUUCUUUAAUAUCGUCAGGAACCGUUCCCAGCUGGGCGAUUAACGAGUGGCAGAUACGUAACAAACGAAGAAUCUUUUUCAAGUCUUCGCGAAAGGCGCCAAACUCUCGAGUUUGAAAGCGAGGAAAGUCAGCACAAUGAUGUAUCAUGUAACUUAAAACAUCAACGCCGGUGAUUUCGUUGCAAACCUUAACACUUCCCAAUGACUCUUUUAUUUCUAAGACACGCUGAUGGGUGCUUUCAUCUUUAAGUUUACUGUACUCUCUAUCAACAGUUUCCGCAAAUUGACGCCACUCUCGUCUCAAUUCGUCCCUUUUAUCCCUUUUCUUCAAGUAGUACGUUCCAUAAGCAAAAAAGACGAUCGCUAGAACCACAUUAAAGCAAUAGUAAGUCAAAGUUAUUUCUUCCAUGUAAUCUUCCACAGCCAUAUUCGUUUUCAUAAAUGACUACUCCAUGUAAGCCCGACGUAUAAUGUCCUUGUCUGUUCCUGUUCACCAACCUCGCGUCCAGGGUCUUCUCGUUUUCCAAUAUGGCGGCGGCAGAAAACACAGCGGGCUAAAACGAUCGUAGCCUCCCACGCAGGCGUUUUUAGGAGAGCUCGUAUUUCUUUCCUCCCUUGAUCGCUGAUUGUGCUUAAGAUUGGUGCAUUACAGAUUACAUUUAUACAUACGCUUUGAUUGAUUAAUCCUUCCAAAACAAAAAUGCUAUCCCUGUGAAGUCCUGUGAGUUCUUCAUGGAAAAUGAAAAGUGCUUUCUUCAGGUGUACAGAUUUCCUGUCUGAUCGUUUGGAAACUGUGACUGUACCGUCAGAGAAAUCUUUCUUUAAAAGGGUUAGAAUCAGCAGCAAAGAAACAAAAAGAAGAUUCGAAGAUAUUCGCGGAUUAUUCUCGUCAUUCACUCUUCAGUAGGGGGCGGGUUCACGAGUCACGAAACAAAUAUGUACGUUUUCACGCUUCUCAAAAAUAGAGGUCGUUCAAGAAGUUACGUUAGAGCGGCUAUAAAUUCCCUAGGGAAGGCAGCUAUUGGUGGGUCUGAGCGCACUGAAGUGCGAAGCUACAUCAAAAGACUCGAAAGUGAAAUUAAAUCAAGCCACCAGAUUCUAGUUAAGGUGGUUUGGCCAAAUUAACGAUUUAUUUUCUUCGAUUGAUCUUCAAUGUAAGUGUUAAUAAUCACGGAGUGCACUUCAAUCACAUUCACAGCACAGUUUUUCAGUACAUCACGAUUAACGGAAACCAAAACUUGUCGAUCACGGCGUCACGAAAAUAAGCUUGACCCCACCCCCCCCGCCCCAUUGUCUUGUCUUGUCAUCAUCUGUCCACAAGUAGACGCGAGUUUCAGCCAAUUCAAACCAGCUACUUUUUACAUUUCCAAAUCGUCAUUGCGGACGAUACUUUAUGAGAUAUCUGAAAUUGUAAUAGCUAGGACUAUUAUAAGGAAUAAAGAUAUUUCUGAUGCUGAUACUAUUUGGUUUGUGUGUUAUAAAUUACCAAUGAUUUGUUUCUUUCGCGAUUUAUUUGCCAUACAAAACUUGCAAAGCUUAAGCUUAUCAACUAAUUUAGCUGUCCGUUUGCAAGGGGUUUCCAAUGUUCCAAAACUUGCGAGUGUGAAUGUCAUCCCCACCCUACCGUAAUUGUAUAAUCUGUGCGGCUUUGUUUAGUAAAGCUUAAUUUUUUUUUCAUUUCAUUGUAAUAUUCACGGGCCUAGCCUGGCCUUCUUUUAGAUCCACCGUGAUUUAAAAAGGGGAUGAGGAGGCCGGGAGACGUUGAAACUAAACUCGGAGAACUACAUGUAAACUAAAAAUUGAAGCCAAACAUAGUGUCGCUAUCCUUCGAUAUUUCCCGGGUAGCUAAUCGAGUGAAACCACACCAAAACUUAGUCGAACUCAAUCGGCGCGAUUAGUUCGAUUAUGUAGACAGAAAGACAAAACGCAUCCAGUUUUAACACAGGGAGCCCACAAAAUCCUGUUUGCGAAACCGAUUGUAUUGUACUUUCAUAGUAAAUGUACUGGAUUUACCGUUUGCUUUAUCUGUACUAUGUAGUGGGAAAUCGCUAAAUAUGUGCAUGUGUCAAAGCUAAGUAAACGUUGUGUUACCUUACCUAAUGUAAAUUGUCGUCCUUGAUAUUUUAAACGAUUUUGAAGGAUUUUAAGUUCGCUUUUUGCUGUUCCUUUUAUAGAAGGACAAGGGUAGAAUCAAUUUUUUGGACGGCUUCAGCGCCAGAGCGAUUUUCACCCAGAAAAUGGCAUCGCUCCACUUUCAAACGACGCAGCAGAAAGCUCGAAAGAUUCACGCUUCUUACCGUACCUUUCGAUCGCAAAUCCAUCCAGAAGAAUUUGUAUCAAGAGAAACAACUUUUACCACCCAGUCACACUUGAAUGGUUUUCCAUACAAAUCCUUGUAAAUUUCGAAAUUCUCAAACUCUCGUGAAAUAUUUCCUUAAGCAUUACGCGGCUCAAAUCUCCUUUUGAUUCAAAACAGGCACUUUGAGCCCUUAAAUGCGUAAGGGAAAGAUUUAACGACAAUUUAAAUUUUCAGAAUUUGCAAGGAGUUGUAUGGAAAAAGCCACUCAAGCGUGACUGGGUGGCAAGAGUUGUUUUUCUGAUACAAAUCCUUUUCAUUUUUGGCGGCCGUUGCAAUCGCUACUAUUUGAGAUAUACGGCUAAAAUUUUACAGGUUGCCUAAUUUUAAUAUGCUCUUUCAGCUUCUGCUAACAAAAGUUUCAAACGCGAUCUGUUUUCGUGUUUACCGAAAGUUAAUCACGGAAUCAACUAAUGCAAAAGGCCUAUAUUUACAACUUUAUAGCCUUUGUACAGACCCCCCUCCCCUCAGUAAAAAUAGGAGAAAAGCGAUUUUUACUAGUUUUACUGAGUGGAGGAGGGGUCUGUACACAGGCUAAGAAUUCACCGUUGCUAAUCGUGUAUGUAGGCUACGUGCUUAACUACGGAAACGGGCAUAAGACACUUCAACGCCAAAGCACAGGCAUCAGUUCACGCUGCAAAUGUCCAAGUUGGCCGUGCUUAUCGUCAGUUUCCUUUAGAGCUGGACCCCUAUCUCUCCUUUUCUUCUUAAUAAUAAACUUUUUACCGACACCGACGGCGAAAGAAGGCACUCGUGGUGGCCUUUAACCAUCGCCUCCAGAAUUGUUAAUUUCACGUUUUCCGCCCUCUGUGGCAUAUUCUUUGCGUACUCGUGUUUGAAAUUGAAGACAAUACAUAACUUACUUGAACGCAAAGCCUUGUUUGAAACCAGAUGAACCUGGGUUUAUGUUCGAUUGUUGCAGUGUUCGAUUAUGUUCGAUUCUUUAAGAGUUCGAUUUCCGAAUGUUAGAUUGUGUUCGAUUGGCAAAAUUUUGGGUUGAGUUCAAUUAAGUUCGAUUACGAACCUAAUCGAAGUCAAUCGAACGAUUGUAGUUCGAUUGGAUUCGAUUACCAACUGUUCGAUUGGCUAUGCUAGGUUAAUACCAAGGAAGAUACCAGGUAGUCAUGGAAGCGAAGAUUUAAAAAAAGAGAGAGAGACAAAAACAACAAGAACACGACUUCGCGCAAGUAAAACCGAUAAGGACAACUGUUUGCCAUCUUGCACUCUCUUCUUUCUUAUCACUUCUGAUUUCCCUUAUUGACAGGUAUUUUAUGAUGAAAGACUGCUGGGCAGAGAAACCAGCGGACCGACCAAACUUUACCGCUUUGGUGCAGAGGUUGGAUCACGUGAUUGAAUCUAACAUGGCUGCCAUGGUCAGUACAAACAUGAUUAUAAUUUAUAUAUAUUGUUUUUGUUUUUACCUCACCUUGCCCCAACCCCAUCAAUAGCCAAGAUGGUUUUGAAGCACCGCCUCAAACUGUUAAACAAAAUGGAAGGUGAUAGCAGCUUGACAGAAAAUUAAAUUUCAAUUUUUUUUCACCGAGGAAUUGUCUUAUAGGCAAGAGCUGCUCACAUGCCGUUAAAUCCUCGCUCGAAUAAGAUGAGGAAAAGGGGAACGAAGAAAUACCCAAGAUUUUAUGAAAACAACUUUCUUAAUUAAUCAGCUGAGUAGAAAAUGCUCUCUUAUAGGGAGGGCAACCCCCCCUCCCCUUCCUGGAAUUUUCGGUCAAAAAGGACUCAGAAAAGAGUCUCUUGAGCCUUCCCACUUCCAAUCACUGGUCAGCUCCCCCUCUCCCCUCACCCCCCGUCCACCGCAACCUAAACACCAUGUUGGCAACGUAGCCCAGAAAAUCGAGCUUUGGACCUAUAAAUGAAGGUUUAUUCUUGGAUCUACCAGGGUCACGAAGGAUAUUUGGAUCUUGGGAUUGACGAACCAGCACCAAAAGAAGCAGAAACAGAUAAAGAUGGAUAUCUGACUCCUCUGGAGAUUAUUUCUCCUGUUCGCGAAAAGUCCACGCUUUUUAUGAACGGUAACGUGCUCGGAAGUAACAAGGAACUGUGUGGAAGUCACAGGAGUGUGGCAAGUGAAACCAAAAUCAAGGACCUUCUCGAAGUAGAACGAUACACGGAGCUUGGCUUUAAGCCUUCCAGUAGCGCAAAUAGUUUGUCUGAAACUAUUCUGUGA